AUGAAACGUACAGUUAUCGCUCUUUCUUCUCCUCGCAGUAACCUUCUUUCUGUAAUUCUAGUUCUUCUAUCCAUGCUAGAGAAUUAUCGCUAUCGUUUUGCAAUUGCUGGAGGUGGCAGUGGUGGUAUCGCCAUUGCAGCGAAACUUGCAAAGAAAUAUGGCAAAGGAAAAGUCGUUAUUAUCGAGCCAUCGUCGACUCAUUACUAUCAGCCAUUAUUUACCUUAGUUGGUGGUGGUUUAGCAGACCUGCCAGAAUGUACGAAUGCAACAGAUAGCCUGAUACCACCAGGUUGUACACUAUUAAAAGAUGAAGUCAAAGAAUUUCAACCCAAACAAAACUGCUUGGUGACUGGCGAUGGACAUCAGGUUCAUUAUGAGUACUUGGUCAUGGCAACCGGUAUUGCUCUCAACUAUGACAAGGUUGAAGGAUUAACGGAAGCUCUAGAAUAUAGUGACAACGUUUGUACCAACUAUUCACCUGAGUAUGUGCGCAACACUUAUUACUACAUGAAAAAUAUGACCAAAGGAAAUGCUUUAUUUACUUUUCCAACUCCUCCGAUUAAAUGUGCUGGUGCACCGCAGAAAAUUAUGUAUUUAGCUGAUGCUCAUUGGAGAAAUGAGGGAGUUCGAGAUAACAUCAACAUCCAAUACUAUACGGCCUUAGGUGUACUUUUUGGGGUUAAAAAAUUUGCCGAUGCAUUAAAUCAGAUAUGUGACGAGCGUAAUUUAACUCGUAAUUACCAACGUAAUUUAGUCAAAAUCGAUCAUGUAAAGAAAAUAGCGACUUUCGAGGAUUUGUCAAGCGAGAAUAGAAAAAGAGAAGAUUCUCCAUACGAUUUUAUACACGUAACACCACCGAUGGGACCUCAAGAGGCCGUAAAAGAUAGUGAGUUAGCGGAUUCGAAUGGUUAUGUCGAUGUUGAUAAGCAUACACUUCAGCAUGUUCGAUACCCUAAUGUUUUCGGUAUUGGCGAUUGCACUAACACUCCAAAUGGUAAAACUGUCGCAGCAGUAGCUGCUCAACUACGAGCAUUAUACAAAAAUUUGAAAGCAAGCGUAGCUGGCACACCAUUGAAACCCAAGUAUGACGGCUACGCUGCUUGUCCGCUUGUUACUGGCAAUAGCAAGCUUAUCCUGGCAGAAUUUGAUUACGAUAACCAACCGUUGGAAACCUUUCCAUUUGAUCAGAGUGAAGAGCGUUAUAGCAUGUACCUCAUGAAGAAAUAUUUUCUACCACCUCUAUAUUGGAAAAGUUUAUUAAAGGGAACAUGGCUAGGCCCAAAAGAGGUUAGAAAAGGAUUCCAAGCUGUGAAAAGACAAGUUGAGAAGGUUGCCUAG